UAUAUAGUCUAGUCUAGUCUAGUCUAGUCUAGUAUUAUUCUGGCUAUGGCGGCUUGCAUGGGGAAGGUGGUGAUAAUGGGCUUGAUAGUUGCAUGCAUUGACGUUGUCUUGGGCUUUCAGGCGAUGUAUAACUUAGCAGAAGCUGCAGAUUGGCAGCAAGCUACUGCUACAUGGUAUGGCAGUCCUGAUGGAGAUGGAAGUGAGGGUGGGGCGUGUGGGUACGGUAGCCUUGUUAAGGCAACGCCUUUUGCAUCCCGGGUAACUGCAGUAAGCCCGGAUUUGUUCAAAGGAGGUGAAGGCUGUGGAGAGUGCUAUCAGGUAAAAUGUGAGGAGAAUAGCCUAUGCUCGGACACACCCGUGACUGUAGUGGUUACAGAUGAAUGCCCAGGUUGCUCAUCAAACCACUUUGAUCUCAGUGGUACUGCUUUCUCAGGGAUGGCAGUCAAUCCUGCUCAAGCUUCUGGUCUUCGUAAUGCAGGAGUGUUGCCCAUCUUCUACAAACGAGUGCCAUGUGAGUAUCCUGGUAAGAAGGUUACAUUCCAUGUGAAUGAAGGAUCAACUGAUCAUUGGUUCUCUGUGCUAAUUGAGUAUGAGAAUGGAGAUGGUGAUCUUCAAGAGGUUGAUCUGCAACAGAAUAACUCUACUGUAUGGGAAGGACUGAAACAGACAUGGGGUGCUAAUUGGUGUUUGAAUGAAGGUCCCUUGAAGGCUCCAUUUUCAAUCAGAUUGAAGUCUCUUUCUUCAGGAAGCACACUUACUGCCUAUAAUGUUAUCCCUCAGAAUUGGCAGCCCGAUGCUGUGUAUACAUCCAUUGUUAACUAUGACUAAGCAGCAACAAAUGCUUUCCUCCAUCCAACAUAUUACUUCCUUUAUCAGACCAUGUUUACAUAUAUUAUAUUGCCAUCUCAGUUUGUCUGUAAUAUUAGUGUGUUGAUAUAUAGGUAUGCUUCAUAAAUGAGGCAUUUUCUAUCCUAUCCCAUUCUCAACCAGUUUGUAAGGCAUUGUUUCACAUGUCCAAGCUAGUGUUGGAGGAAGUCAAUGUAUGGUUUCACCUACUUAAUUGCAGAAAUAAUAAGCU